UUGAAAAAGUAUUUCAUUCUGAAGUUUCGUGUUGUUAAUGUCUCUACGUGGGGUGUUGAAACGGUUUCCAUGAAUUUUUCAAUCGUGAUCAAUUCUGACCCAGAACUACGAAACGUUUCUUUCUGGUAUUUUUAGAAAAAUAAUAUUUAAAGCUGUCUGUUUCAUGGAUGCAAUUGAUUACAGGAAUAAAGAGCGAUUGAAAUAAUUCUUAGAACGUUUCGAUCACCCACGCAUCCGUAAUACUUUUUUAAAUUGUCUGGAAAGUGAUUUCGCGUAACGUGAAAGCAACUCGUUUCGCCGUAGACUCCGCAAUAAGAAGUUCUUCGUAGUGAAACGAUAACGUUCUGCUAUUAAUAAGUCCGUACUGACGAUCGUUACGUUCGUCGAAGCUUAUCGGCGAUGCAGACAUUUUUGCAUAUGUCAUAGGAACCCUUCACAAGAUAGGCAUUGUUUCGAGUAUACGCGAUUCCUCUACGUUCAAUAACCACUUGUCAUUAAAUAAUCAUUUUGUUUCUUCGAGCCCAGGAAAAUAUUUUAAAACUUACCUGAACUACAACCACUGAAUAUUUUAUUCUACAUUCCACGAAAGAGUACAUAAUUUUCAGGUUAAAAUAACAAAAUAUAAAUCGUGCAAACAGAUGCACAAAAGAUCCACGAAGGAUGAUAAACAAUGGAUGAGUUCAAUUUUAAUAAUAAAAUUGAGUUUCAACGUAGAAACGUUAGCGCGUUACCCCCAUCGGUGUCAGAACACAGAGGGUCUGUGUUUCGCGAGCAAUUGGCGUUGAACGGUCUUAAAAUGAAUAAAACAUCUAAUUUCUACGGAAACCAGAAUCGGACGACGAGUUAUGGCUUACAGAGUAUAGCCGAUAUAUUUAUCCAAUGGUAUCUGUCGAACGGUAACCGUCCGUUUAUUCCGUCGACAGCACGUAUGUUGGUCGCGCGUUCAGUGCGUAUCCAGCAUCUGAGCACACCAUGUGCUUCCUCUUGCUCGUUUAUCUCCUGUUAUCGGUCACCGCUCAAGACGUUACCACCGAGGAGGUGGAUUGCCAAGUUUACAACCAUCUAUACGUUUGCCUGGCCAACGGUGUGUUGCACAGUGUCUCGUUCGAGGAUGUCAACGCGGUGCAGACUAUCGAGGACAUAGAAUUGCACCUAGAAGGUCUAGGUAUCCAAGAUAUAGCCAAGGACGCUUUCGUCGAAGUGGCUAAUUCCUCUGCCCUCUAUAUCCGUGACAAUCACCUCUCAACCAUCUCCAAACAUUAUUUCUCUCCUCUGGAUCAACUGACCUACCUGGACCUGAAGAACAACACCCUCAUCGACAUCGAAGACGGAGCUUUCAUGAAAUUGCACAGUUUAGAAACAUUAUUGUUGGACUACAACAAUAUCACCUCUUUCAGACCAGCCAUGUGGAGAGGUCUAGGCGAUCUUCACGAAUUAUACGCAACGAAUAAUAAUAUCGUACUGAAGAGGAACAUGUUCAAAGGACUCAGACAUCUGGAAACUCUGGCUUUGGAUUCGAAUGAAAUCACGGAAGUACCGGUCGGAGCGUUCAAUGGACUGCCUCAUAUCGAUCUUUUAUAUUUGUCCAGAAAUAAAAUCUCCUCUUUGCAACCGGACGUAUUUCGCGGACUCGGUGAGAUCAACGAACUGGAUCUGGGAAGAAACCAACUGAGAACUAUUUCCGGAGGGGUUUUUCGGUAUCUGAAGAACCUGAAUUCUUUAUGGCUGAAUGGAAAUCAGAUCGCCAUGCUGAAGACGGAUAGCUUCGAGGGAUUGGACAAUUUGUUGCUUCUAUUUCUGAACAACAAUGAGCUACGUUUCGUCGACAUGUCCGCGUUUGCUAGAAUGAAGAACGUUACUGUCGAUCCUGGUUUCAAGAUACGUGGAUUGAUCAUGGACAAUGUUUGCAAAGUGCAAGGACGAUUUCGAUGUGAAAACAUAGAAUAUCAAUUGCCUUAUGAGUGCACUAAGAUAGAACUAUAAUUUUGUAUUUUACAGUAUUGUAUCCAGACUUUUGUAUAAAUUUUGUAUGAUUCCUAAGGUGAAAAUAAGCGUUCUUAUUUUCGAUAGUUCUUUAGAUCACGGUUUAUGUAGGAUAUUGAUGUUUGGAAAAUAUAUUAUUCAUUGGAACAGGAGAAGUGUAAUUCAGUU